UCAACUCCUCUACUCACACUUCCGAUCCAAACCCUAAACACCAAAAUCAAUCAAAUCAAAAUCAAAAUCCAAAAAAAUGGCGAAAUUAUCAAUCGCCAUCGCAUCGAUCGCACUUAUAAUCACACUCGCUCACUCAUUUUCAAUCGAUAAUCCUACAGAUCGCCGCAUUUUAGUAUUAGUCGACGAUCUAGCUUUGAAAUCAUCUCAUUCCAUUUUCUUCAACUCUUUACAAUCACGUGGAUUUAAUCUCGAUUUCAAGCUUUCUGAUGAUCCUAAACUCGCUCUUCAGAGAUACGGCCAGUAUUUAUACGACGGACUCAUUUUGUUUUCUCCUAAUACUGAAAGAUUUGGUGGAUCGUUGGACGUGGCGGGGAUAUUGGAUUUCGUUGAUUCUGGUAAAGAUUUGAUAGUUGCGGCGGAUUCGAAUGUUUCGGAUUUGAUUCGGAGUAUUGCUGCUGAGUGCGGUGUUGAUUUUGAUGAGGAUUCAUCCGCUGUAGUUAUCGAUCAUGGUAGCUAUGCUGUCUCAAAAACUGAGGGAGACCACACAUUAAUUGCUGCUGAUGAUUUCAUUCAGUCUGAUGUACUUUUGGGCAGUACAAAAAUUGAGGCUCCUGUACUUUUUAAAGGAAUUGGUCAUUCUGUGAACCCUGCAAAUAGCCUGGUCUUGAAGGUUCUCUCGGCUUCUCCAUCAGCAUAUUCUGCCAAUCCAAAGUCUAAGCUGUCAAGUCCACCAUCCCUUUCUGGAUCUAUCAUUUCUUUGGUUUCAGUUGUUCAGGCUAGAAAUAAUGCAAGAGCUGUGUUCUCUGGAUCUUUAGAUUUGUUCAGCAACAAAUUCUUUAAAUCACCAGUGCAGAAGGCAGGGAGCUCAAAUAAAUAUGCAAAAUCUGGCAAUGAACAAUUUGUUACUGAGCUUAGCAAAUGGGUCUUUCAUGAAAGAGGCCAUUUGAAGGCUGUAAAUGUUAAACACCACAAAGUUGGCGAGACUGAUGAACCUGCUAUCUACAGGAUCAAUGAUGACCUGGAGUACUCAGUCGAAAUCUAUGAGUGGUCUGGAUCAAGUUGGGAACCAUAUGUUGCAAAUGAUGUUCAGGUUCAGUUUUACAUGAUGAGUCCCUAUGUGUUGAAAACCAUGUCUACUGAUAACAAGGGUUUGUAUCACGCGUCUUUCAAGGUGCCAGAUGUUUAUGGUGUUUUCCAGUUUAAGGUUGAAUAUCAGAGGCUUGGAUACACUAGUUUGUCACUUGCAAAACAGAUUCCAGUUCGGCCUUUCAGACAUAACGAAUAUGAGAGAUUUAUUCCAACAGCUUUUCCAUAUUAUGGUGCCUCAUUUUCUACGAUGGCUGGAUUUCUGAUCUUCAGCUUUGUAUACCUUUAUAGCAAGUAGAAGCUAAUUUAAAGAUAUCCUGUUUUAAAAACAUCUUGAGAUAUUUUCAAGUAAAGUUUUAUAUCGUCAAUUUAGGAGGUCUAAUUUACAAAUCUAAAGUGGAUGUACCCUGUGGGUCAUUUGAUUAUGUUACAAUUUUGGGCAACAUCCUGUCAACACUCAACAUAUUGCAUUUUUAGUGCUUUUAGCAGUAAAUUAGAGGAAUGGAAGGUCCAAAUGUCAAACAGAAGCAUUCUCCAUUAAAUUUAGAGACAGUUUUUAUAUAUGA